UUAAAGACGAUCAAAAUACAAUCAAAUCGAACGCUUCUGGCAUUAAUGCACGCAUCUGGAAUCAAUGAUUUUUAAAAAUAUAUCGCUGUCAGAGAACUUACCACAACUGGGCAACAGCAAAACGAACGCCAACAACAACAACGACAAUAACAAUCAUAACAAUGAGGAUAACGAUCCGUCAAAUCGAAAACCAAAUCAGAUGCAACGAUUGUGUGAAAAGCUUCGGCGCCCAAACGAAAAUACUGCCGAAAGCUCGCGAGCAUGGGCCUUCUGCGAGCGGUGCUGUGGAGAGAGACAGCACCAGCAGCAACAGCAGCAGCAACAACUACGACAGCAGCGGCAACAGCAACAGCAGAAACAGCGACAGCAGCAGCAGCAGCAGCCUGGCGGCAUCGUAGCUUUUUAUCGUUCGUACACGGAUUCAGUGUCUGAUUUGUCGUCGUAUCGUUUUGUCUCCGAUGAGGAAGAAGCCAAUGAUAAUGAUAAUAACGUUGUUGUUGCCGAUGAUGAUGAUGACGUUGGCGUUGGCUCACUGUCGCUGUCGCUGCCGUUUAUAGAAAUAGAACAACGCCAGCCAAAAUCAUCAACUAUCGCACAAGACAGAACAACAACAACAGCAACAGCAACAACAGCAGCAGCAACAACAGCAGCAGCAACAACAGCAGCAACAAGAACAACAAUAACAAAUACAGCGCCAACGGAUAAGGCCUUAAAAGUUGAAGCGUCACACGCGUCAUCGACAAAUCGUCGCGUAUUACCAAUAAUUUGUUGUUAUACGAUUAACAAAUUCACUCACCAGCAGCAGCCGCAUCAGCAGCAGCCGCAGCAGCAGCGGCAGCAGGAACAAUUAUCGGAGCCAAAUGGCCGUCGAACAACACUUGAAUAUUAUCCAAGUGAAUCGUGUCGCGCGAAUAAUUUUCGAUCUUAUGUCCGUUGUGAUCGUCGCCAGCCGCCGCCGCCAGUGCCGCCCAAGCCGAAGCCACGUAUUUGCUUCGAGGUGACCGCAUGCAGUGAUAGUUCAUCGGAUCCCACCGAACCUGCACUAAAGACCCGCCGCUUGGAGCAGAGUCAACAGCGGGAGCAGCUAAUCUACCCCUUGGAGUACACGCAUACGCAUACCCAGCAAAUACCCAGCAGCUGUUCAAAUUUAACGUACGCCAGCGGAUCCACACCAGUGCCAGCUGAAAAUAGCUGCAAUUUGCAUGCAUUUGACAGCAAUCACAAUUGUAAACUCGACACAGCGUUGCAACCGAAAACAACAUGUGUUCUUCGCUACGAUCGUAACGGAUAUCUCAAACAGGAGUUCAGCAUAAAUCCAAGCAACCCGGAGAGAGCAGCGGAAACGGAGAACGAUUUGACAACCCAAUCGGAAAUUGCGCCAAAUAGUGACGCAAUUGGUGAAUAUUAUAAUGCGACUGAUGAGCUAAAAAAUGUCCACGCAGAAGACAACUGUAUUGAUUUAGAUAAAUCAGCGAAGCCGAUUGAAUUUGAAGCACAAUUGUCACAAGCAGCGACAUUAACGAUCGCUGGCGACGAGUCGGAUGUUCAUAUAGAUUUAAAUUUACCAGAUGAUUCAAUCUCGAAUUGCAGCGAGAAAACCGUCUUCAUUCACAACUUGGACCAAUCGAAUAGUUCCUCAAAUGUGUCAUUGCACUCAACAUUUGCCAGCAUCUCGCUGCACAAUCUAACAUAUUGUUCAAUACCUCAACAGACGAUCGCAGUAACUCCAUUGCAAUUGCGACACUUGCCGAUCAUUCAAACCUUUGACUGUUCCCCCUAUGCGUAUUCAACAGUUGGACUUAACUGUGCUGGCAAAGAUCAGACAAUGGAAAAACGACGUAAUACGCUUGAUCGUUUUCAGCGCCUAGCUUUCGGGCUCAAAUCAAGGCCAUCGGCAUCCACAGAGGGGGGUGCCUCCAAUUCGAGAUCGAGCAGUGCGGAGAAGACACGCAAAACUUCCGAUAGAUCCGAGCGACUCAGAGAGCUAACGGAACUGUUGCGAGGCGGUGGCGGUGGCGGCGGUGGUGGUGGCAGCAGUUCACGUGCCUCAUCGACACCAACACCACCGCCGGUGCCACCGCCACGACGCCCCCGACUUCCGCAUAAUAAUUCAACAGCAAGCAGCUUGGAACUGCAGGACACAUUAUGCCAGAGCGUGGGCGAUCAGUGCCAGCCAAUCGAAGAUGCGGAGCCAUCGACCAGCAGUAGUCAGUUACAAAAGCAGAGCAGCACAAAUAGCAACAGCAACAACAACAGCAACAGCAACAAUAGCAUCGGUGUGCCCAAUACAGGCACACAGCGACUCUUUCAAUCAAUGCGGCCAAACGCAAGUCUCUCCAAUUUGGAAACUUUCAUGUUGUGCACUCGCGAGAAGUCCAAAUCACCGCCACCACGAGCAGCAGCAGCAGCAACAGCAGCAACAGCAGCAGCGACAGCAGCAGCGACAGCAGCAGCGACAGCCCCAUCAGUGGGUGACGGUGAGGUCGUCGGUGAGGCAGGCAGUAGCGAAUGGGCAACGCAGCUGUCCAGAGCGGAGAGUCGCACAGCGAAAGGGAUUUUACCGUUUCGUUCCGUUUCAUUCUCACAAAUUGAUUGUAAAUCAACAUUGAGUGCGUGGCGCGAUCGACUGCGACGGGACAAGGCCAUUGAGAGCCCCCCUCUGCAACAAAGCAACAGCAACAACAACAGCAACAACAACAAUAACAACAACAAGGGCAACGAAUUGCCGGAUCCAGGUUGGGUGCACAUACCACUAAAGAGUACGGCUGUGUGUAUUAACCUGAACUACGGACAGGAGAAAUCACUUGAGAACGUGCUGGAAGACGUGCCCGAUUCGAUAGCCGAAGAAGAUAUAUUCAAUACGGAUAGCUGUAGUGGCGCCAGCGUAUCGGUUGCGACUGCUUGCAGUGUUAUUGCGGCACAUGCCAAAAUGGAAUCAUUAUCGGAUACCAUACACUCGGAGAGCGAAUGUAAUGUCAAGGAGGAGGAGCUGCCCACAAUAAUGGAGCCCAAUUUGGCUAAACUUUUGGAGGAGCAACUGCCGCUGGAAUCGCCACCAGAUAAUAUUUUACAAACAGCCACAACGUGUUUGAUACCCGUGCCGGUUUAUGAAUGUGCGGCCCAAGAGUGGCUGGAGACACCUGCUCAGGAAUGGGUGGAAUUGGCGCCGGAGUUUGGCAUGGUGCCGGAAACAGUGCAGCCACCCAUUGCACAUGCAGCAUGCAAAGUAAUGCAACCGGAAACGUUGACAACGCUGCCAACCAUCUCAGUGAGUCGCAGCUCCGAAGAGGGUGAAAUAAUUAAUCUAAGCCCAACAGAACAGUUAACCAAUCCGUCGUUCGACUCUGUGGAUGAGCAGCAGCGGCAAGAGGAGCUCGAUUUGGAGUUACGCGGCACAGAGGCGAUAGCGACGCCAAGGCACAGCACUGGCGAGCGCCAUAAACGGCAUCUGGACAAGUCCACCAAGCGUAAGGGCAUGUAUAUCGAUAAUAUCGAUUGGCAUCAACCUGCUGCACCACAUCGUGGCCUUGCGCUGGAUAUAUCUAUAGCCAACUUUCAGGCGAUUAAGCCAGAUUCACCAGAUGACAGCAACAGCCCGCUGAUGUUUGAGAUGAACACACCCGAGCUGGAUAAGUCAUCGCCCUCAUGGCGCGGAUCACAGGACAAGCCACAAUUGCUGAGCAGUUUCAGCUGCCAGAGCAGCGAGGAAAAGGACGAUGCCACAAGCAAUAAUCAUAGCAAGAGUAACAGUUUCCUGCAAACGGAUUCCAUGUCAGAUACCGAGGAGCGCAUCAGUUGGAGUCCAACACCCAGCGGUGACUACGAAAGCAAACGUUAUUCGAAGCGCCCGCUAACCGUUCGUGGUCCAUAUGGGCAAAUGUUGGAGGCGGAACUGAAGAAACCAAAUCGCAUGCAUUUCGAAGAGAUACUCGAGGAAAUGCGCGAAUCUGACAGCUUGAAUCCGCGUCGUGAGUCAAAGCCUUCUCUUGGCUCCAUGCGCAACAAUAAGCCGCAAUAUUCGAGCUCGAUGCGGGUGCGUAAGUCGAGUGCGUAUUUGCCGGUGCCGACGCAUGCACGCGCCGCGUCGACUCCUUCGCAAAUCGAUCAUGUGAACAGUGCGGGUGCAAUGCUGCCAAUUUCGGUGUCUGCCAAGGAUCUGAACGAGACGAUAUUAGCGGCUGAUAUGCAGCCGCCACAUCAAAUGAAACGUGCCGCAUCCGAGACGCCCCAACUCAAAUCGCAUCACACCAAGCGCAGUCAAUCGAUUAGUGGUGACACUCAGAAACCACAUCUACACCAACAUCAGCACCAUCACGGCCAUCAUCAUCAUCAUGCGAAGCGCAGUGCUGAGGCCAACAAUGCUAGCAGCAGCAACAAAUCCAAGGCGCCUCCCUCAGCUGCCUUGUUGGCGGAGCUGCUCCAGGGAUCCAGCGAGAAUAUGCUCUCUGAGCAGCGACAGAAAACGAUUGCGGACACACGCACCUAUGUUGUACAGGAGAUUUAUCGUAAUGAGCAAUCCUAUGUGGAAUCUCUGCAAACCGUUGUGCUUAAGUAUCUGAAAGUUUUGAAGUCACCGGAACACGCUGGCAUGAUUGAUACACGCACCGUGGAUGAGAUUUUCUUUAUGGUGCCCGAUAUUCUUGAAAUACAUGAGAAAUUCUUAGCUGAGCUCAAACACCGACUCGACGACUGGGAUGUAAAUCAAAAAGUGGGCGAUGCCUUUAUUGAAACCUUUUCAAAGCUCGAAGUCCUUGAGGUCUAUACAUCGUUUGUAAAUAAUUGUAAUCGCGCCAAGAAUGCCAUUCGUUCGAUGAAGCAUCAGCGACCCUCCUUUGCCAAAUUCCUGGAAUCCACAGCCCGCGAGCACAAGGGAAAACUUACGCUGGACAAUCUGCUUAUAAAGCCCGUACAAAAAUUUCCCAACUACGAGCUGCUCUUCCAACGCCUCAUCAAGCAUACAGAUCACGAUCAUCCCGAUCAGAAACAUUUACAGGAUGUGCUCAAGCUGGUGCACGACAUUCUGGUUCACAUCAAUUGCAAGGAACGCGAGAUCAUGGAAAAUGGACAGCGAGAGGCAACAUUAAGGGAAUUGGAGGGCGUCAUAGAAGGCAUCACCGAUUUAAUAGCGCCCGAACGUCAGUUUUUAUUAUUCGAUUUGGUAUCUAUGCCCUCGGGGCAGGGUGCUCGCAAGGAUCGCGGCUUUUUCCUGUUCAAUGAUCUGUUGGUCUUGACAAGCAUCAAGAAGCGCAGUGGCACCAUUAGGAAACCAAACAGCUCAAUUUGUCCCGGCUCAGUGGCAACCACUUUGGACACCAAUAAAUAUAAGUUCCUUACAAAAAUUUCUCUGGACUGCCUGGAGAUUGUCAAGUCUAAAGAUGAGAACAUAAAGCGCAUCGUUAGCGAAAUAGAAAACCUGUCUGAAGACUCCAAUAAGCUGCAACAAAUCACUGAUAUCGCUGCAUCAUUAAAGCAUCCGCAUCAGUAUCUGGAAGAUGUCAUUCGCGAACUGCAUCGCGACAUUCAGCGACAGUUAUCCGAGCGUCAAACAAAUGACACUCAACUAAAUAUGUUGGAGUUGACAGUUAGCUCACCCAAUGGAAGCCAAAAGCUGACUGUAGUAUUUAGCAAGACAGAGAAGCGCACCAAUUGGGAAGAAGCGUUUAAUGAAGCUAAACUUAAACUGGCCGCCACACUCGAGCGACAUCCCAUACCAGAAUUCCUCACAUCUAUACCAAUACGGAAGACACGAGCGGGUCUUCAGUUCACUUGUGCGGCAGCAACGCUGAGCGAUAAGCGAGAUGUUUGGGUCUGCAACAGCGAUGGUUAUGUGGGCCAAGUGUGCAUCAUGUCUCUGCAUCCGGAACCGAACGUAACCAGCUGCAACGGUGUUUGCAAUGCACGUAUUCUGUGCGUUGCAUCAGUGCCGGCCUACACAAGCAGCAGCAGUAGCGUCGAUGAUGGACAGGAGGAUAAACAGCAGACUUUGCGCAGCAGUACACCACAGCAUAGCUACACACAGCAGUUGCGCGACUAUCGCAAAAGCAUCUCGCCCAUUGCACAACCUGCAUCCACUUUAGCGGCGCCAGAGAAGAAGAAAGUCGCCGCGGCGAUUAUUGGCAAUGGGGCUGAUGCGACCAGCAAUCAAAGUGAUACUCAGCUAGAUUUAAAUUUAAGUUCCAGCGAUGAUGAGACGGAUGCCAUCUCAACUGCGCCCAUUGAACAACAACGUAUGCCCAGCCCUGCACCCUCAUUACAAGCCCCAUAUCAUCAUGUGCAUCAAGACUCCAAUCCCGAUGAAAGCGAAUGUAAUCAAUCCACAAUGUGGAUAGGUACUGAAGAUGGAUGUAUUCAUGUUUACAAUAGUACUGACAAUAUACGCAUUAAGAAGAAUCGUAUUAAAAUUGAACAUCAUUCAGCUGUAUUUUCCAUAUUAUAUCUUGACAAUCGUGUUUUUGUAUCUUUAGCUAAUGGUGAUAUCUGUGUUUAUCUCAGAGAUGGUGCCACAUCUUGGAAUACAUGCUUAUCGCAUUGUCUCUCAAUUGGCACAGUUACAAGCCCAGUGACUAAGCUGCUGAACGUAAAUGGCAAAUUAUGGUGCUCCAUACAGGGGAUUAUAAAAGUAUUGGAUACUGAAUCAUUUUCGGUGGUCAAUCAAAUACAAAUCUCUUCAGACUCAAAGCCAAUUACGAAUAUGACAGUAGCAAAUAACUAUGUAUGGAUAUCCGUACAAAACUCAGCUCACAUUAAAUGUUUUCAUUCCAAUACCCACCAACUGAUAACUGAAGUAAACCUCGCUCCUGCCGUUAAUAAGAUGUUGUCCAAUUGCGACGAGAUCAUUCGGCAGCAUAAAGCCGCUUGCCUGCGGGUUACUUCGUUGCUCUGCUGUAAGGAUCUCAUUUGGAUAGGCACCAGUGCUGGUGUAUUGCUUACCAUACCAGCUCAGGGCUAUGAAAAGGGUGCCCCCAAUGUGGUGCCCACUGGCAUCCCACACGGCCAUACGGGACAUGUGCGUUUCCUUACCUUUGUGGAGACACCGUCACACGGAGUAGAGGGCUGCUCCCAAGUGAUAGCUGCUGCGGCAUCUGCACGAGAAACUGGAAGCAGCACCAGCGAUGAGUACACAAAACAGGGUUCAACGAAGAACAAUUCAAAAUCCAAAUCGGAAACAAAAAAUAUACUUAUCAUAUCUGGCGGUGAUGGCUAUGAAGAUUUUCGCAAUUCUGGGGCCAAUUCACUGAGUGAAAUCGCUGGCCGCGAGGACAGCACCAAUCAUUUACUCAUAUGGCAAAUUUGAAGCAGAAGACGUAAAAAUCGCUGGCGGUUAUUGCUUUCGAGAUGGAAAAAUAACAACUGAGAUCAACUUUAAUGAUCUUAAAUCAUCUAAAAAUGAAUUGUUAUUUUGAGAAUACUAAGAAGCACAACUGAAAGUCGACUGCAGCGGUUUUUAUUGUACCAAAAAGCCAAGAAACAGAAAUCGGAUAGAAACCAGUGUUACAGCAAAUAUAUGCUUUUAUUUAAUUUAAUUUAAAUUAGCCUAAUAUUUCAUUGCUUAAAGUAUAUAAUUCUAAACAUAUAUAUAUAUAUAUAU